AUGGAUUACGAACAUCUUUCUCGAGAAGAGCUUCUGGCCGAGCUCCGAAAAGCGGGUCCACCUAUCAGGAUCAAGCAAGAGACCGUCGAGACGACUCAUGCUUCGGUCAAGACGGAAGCCGACGUGAUCGUCCUUGACGCUGAUCUAGAAGAGAGUCCUGUUGAAGACGAGUAUCACGACGACGUUACCGAGCGCAAACGUAAGCGCGAUCCAGAUACACCUAAGAAGAAGAAACGGCCUCCUCCUCAACUACGACAAAGCUACUCGCCUAGUCAGUACACUGGGGAAGACUCGUCCUCUCCCGCCCCCGUCGUCCCUCGAUCUCGACUUCCCAGGCAGUCUCGCAAAAAGUAUUUCGAUCCGGAUGACUUCUCCACCGAUAGUGACACAAACAAAUCCCAGUCAGAGACUCCGAGCGAUAAUCGUCCGCCCAGAGCUGCCAAAGAUAAAGCUCGAGACUGUAUCAUGACGCUCACACAAGUCAUCAACGGUCCUGACUGGAACAAUGCGGCCGUUUCUUCUCCGACCUCGGCCACGGAAGAGCAUCUUGAGCCCUCAGACCUUGAGCCCACUCCUACGGCCUCGCUGCACGCCAAACUUACCAAGCUUCCAAGGUUCAUCCAAAAUUCGACCUGUCCUGAAAACCUUGUGACUGCGGUGAGGAGUGCGUUUCAGAAGGUCGUCGAUGACUUUCCCGAUCACAUCACCAAGAGCGAGAGGAACCUUGCCGCGUCCGUCGCCGUCUCCGAAAUUAAACUUCUCGCAGGGGAUCACCAAUGCAAGUACUGCUUUCAAAAAAGCAAUCAGCAAAACAACGCAAAGGGACCAAAACCCCCUCCCGAAAUGCAACGUAUCCCUUGUUUAUCUUUGGGAGAAGGUCGACCUUGCAUUCCCUGCGCUGUUCUGAAGCAAGGUUGUAGUUUCACUGAGGAACGAAGGAAGGCGGAUCCGAAGCCACCGGCGGUUCCUUCCGCGCAGUCGAGGCUUCAGCUCGAACCGCGCAACGAUGCGCCUCGUGCCUCCCUCACUCCAACUGCUUCGACAUCUGGCUCUCGCACAAGUCAGACCGGUACCAUCCCCACCAACGCUACCCUCACGGACGCUACUCUAACCGAUGCUGCCUCUAGUAACACUACUCCUACCGACACUACUCCUACCGACACUACUCCUACCGACACUACUCCUACCGACACUACUCCUACCGACACUACUCCUACCGACACUACUCCUACCGACGCCAAUCCUACCCAUACUACUCCUACCCAUACUGCUCCUACCCCCACUACUCUUACCGACGCUGCCCCUACCGCCACUACUACUGCCGUGAAAACCGGCGUCAUUAUCAAUGAACCCGCUCAGGCUGGGCCAAGCUCCGCAAUCGCUCGCGCAACAGCUCCUCAGAACUCUGUCUGCGCAGAGGAAGUCACUUGGCUCAAGAAGCGCCUUGUUCGGAAGAUGGGGGAAUCGUGCGAGUUCUUCAAUAGAAGCCUCGAAGCGAUUCAUCCGGGUGGAAGAUUGGGUGAUGCUGUUGAAGACACCUUGAAGGAGAUGGCCCGGGAGCUUCAGGAGCGCCUUCGAGACACGGAAGAACUUUUGAAGGAAGUCAAAAAGGGUAGAUCGUAA